AUGAAUCCAUUGUGUAACUUUCGUGACUGGAGCGUACACGAUGCGGAGCAGCUGUUGAAAGUAAAAGGAACUAUUCAAGAUGUCGAUGGAGAAUGUUCCCUCAAGGUUACCGGAAAGUCACGCAAGGCAUGCCCUAUACCUGCCCAAUAUCGGUUACCCAUGUAUGCGCUCAACAAGAAAUUCGGCAUUUACAGAAAGAUCGUGCAACACCUACAAAAAUCAUCAAGCGAAGGUGCUGCCAACCUGCGAGACACCUAUCUGUCUGUCAUGAAGUAUUUGCAUGAUGUACGAAUCGCAUUUAUGGAGGAUUCUGGUGGAUCUUCGGAUCCACUUAACGGAACAUUCAGAUCUGCUGCAUUGGACUAUUACCUUUGGUUGGACCACACUACAUAUGGCUUUCACGAGGAGUGCCGGACCACCUUGCUUACGUCUCAUGGAGUUAGCUUUGAAGGCCUGAAGAAUGGAGACUGUCCAGACAUACUGGUAUUUCUUGAUUGGACUGUAUAUCACCAAGAUAAAUGCAAGGAGCAUGAUUUGUGCGGAGCUCUACAGACAUCAGGCCAAGGAGAGGAUAUCAAGUGUCUAAUGAAUCAGGUUGAUGCCCUUGUUAAUGCGGCCGUGGAACCAAUCAGUACUAUUAAAUCAGUCCAACUAUCUAAUUCAGGCAAUUCAUCCGCUGAGAUGAUGGUGUUAUCUCAGGAUUUAGAUGUGACUCCUAGUCAAUUUCCUAUGUUUCCACUGCCCUUCGAUCGCAACUGUCGCAAUAUUUCUCUGAGAACUCUUGGCAGUAAUGCGCGUGAGGUCCUCAUAGGGGGCUUUGGAAAAUGGCUACCCAGCCAUGUGGCAAUGCGAUUUCGCGAAAUACAAGGACUGGAUCAUGACGAUCCAUUGGAUAAGCUAGUGGAUUCCGGAUUACUAGUGACAGCACGGAAUGUGGAUGAGUACCUGGAGAUAUUUGGCAUGGUAGAGAUGAUGGCAACAUGCAAGGAGUUAUUGGUGGACCGUGCUGCAAUGGCACAAUUCUUUAUCACUGCUGGACGCGCCCUCUAUAAAUCACACUCUGGGAAGGAAUGUGUGGUGGAAUAUGGCAACGACCUUGGUCCUAUCAAUCCAAUCGAGACAUUGGAAAUAUCGCGCAUUAACGGGAAGGCUCACAUUGAAGAUUGUGGAGACUCACAGAACGUUCAUAUGGACAGUUUGCCUCCAAUAGUGGUUACUGUUGGAGUGCAAUGCGAGCCCAUCAUUGAAUGUACAUUAUCAUUACCUAGCAUCCGCUCGCUGUUGGAUCACGGAGUACAGACGGAUAUUGAAGUCCAAGAAGACCUAGUCAUGGACGACUCGAGCUAUCUGCUGUUAAAUCAUCGUUUUGAAUGCGGUGGUGAAAGACCACCACACUCUCAGGAAUACGUCGAUGAAAUAAAUACAGAUGACGAUAAAUAUAUACUUUCAUCAACCACUCACAGUGAUGAGGUCGGCGACAUCUCCCAUAGUACAUCUAUUCUUCUGGAAGCAUCAAUUACUGUGGAUCCAGAGGUCAAUUAUACGUCCAGCCCUUCUUACCAUUCAUCUUUUAUGUGCGACAUCAAUUCAUCUAAUGAGCACCAUUCCUCUCAAGGUCGUGAUGCGCUGUCACAGAUACCUGAUUUGCCUAUAUCUCCACCUUUGAAGUCACGAUUACGACAAAAUAACCAAGCCCUGAAGGCAAAUACUCCUGUAGCAGCCUCACAGAGACGUGGCGCAUCACGGCCAGCUCGACCAGUAGUAUUUGCUACGCAAGGUCGCCUUAUAAAUGAAAAGGCGGACAUUGCGUGUCGACCAUCAAGGUCUCAAGUCUACACAAUCCAAGAUCUCCUUCACGAGUGUCAGCCAGGUGUCGAAUCUGUCACACCUUCUAUAUCAUGCUUUCUCGUGGAUCCUAAAGGAAUCAAUUUCGUUCGUUCGACUAUGGAAUCCAAUCAUGAUUCAUGGUUAGUCAUAGUUCGACAUGUGGCAUCACUCCUGCGCAGUGACUGCAUGUCAAGUUCUAUGAAUUCGAUGGCUGCGUCACUCAUGUCAAUAGACAUGUGGAUCAAGGAUAUCUCAAUCGAAUGCCAGAAGACCAUUUUGAAUCGGAAUGGAGAUCACACGCUUCCCCCAUUGGCGCAUUGUGUUCUUGUUGAACUUUCCUCUCGUUCGAUGUUGGACGAGGAAUCAGUGCGGUCUACAUUACACAGUCUUUGGACUCAAGAAAAUGUGAAAUGUUUGAAUGAGGUCCUUCGAUAUCUUCUACGUGUGUGUAAGCCUAAUGACAGUGAUCCGUAUGCUCCAGGAUUUAAGGUUCUAGCAUCAGUCAUGCAGGAGCGGACAAGCUCUAUGCUAGGCAACAAUGACAUUCGCACAAAGUGA